CCCUAACCCUAACGUUUUGUUCACUCUCCAAAAUACAGAGACAGACAGACAGACCUUCGCUGGAGCUUUCAGAGUUCUUCCGCCGCAGAGAGAAAUGGAGACUGGGAGAACUGUGAAAAGCGUUUCGGUUCAUAAAUUCGUCAAGGCGUAUGCAUCUCACCUCAAGCGCUCCGGCAAGAUGGAGCUUCCUCAAUGGACUGAUAUCAUCAAGACUGGCACUUUCAAGGAGCUUGCCCCUUAUGACCCUGAUUGGUACUUUAUCAGAGCUGCCUCUAUGGCAAGGAAAAUCUACUUGAGGGGUGGUAUUGGUGUUGGUGGUUUCCAGAGGAUCUACGGUGGGAGCAAGAGGAAUGGCAGUCGCCCACCUCAUUUCUGCAAGAGCAGUGGCUCUGUUGCUCGUAACAUACUUCAGCAGUUGCAGAAUAUGAACAUCAUUGACUUUGACUCGAAGGGUGGGAGGAAAAUCACAUCCAGUGGCCGGCGAGAUCUUGAUCAAGUUGCUGGAAGGAUUGAGGUUGAUCUCUCAGAUUGAAUCAGGCAAUGCAAUGCAUACAUUAAAUACUUCGGAUUUCUGAUUUCGGUUGUGUUAAAGUUUCUCUGCUAGGUUUGCCUAGUACUCCUGUGUUGAAUGUGGGUUUUUUUGUUUAUUGUUAACUUUAAUACUAUAGUUGUUGACAUUGGCAGUUAUAAUGAUUAGCUUCUGAAAUCCAUUUUCAUAAA